UCGCAUGCCACCAUUUUUGUAAUUUUAGUCAGUUGGAUGAAGAAUUUUCAUGGGAAUCCAUGGUAACUGAUCUGAUAAUAUCUCAUAAUUUUGAAACGCAUUUUGAAUGACUAGUUGUUAUUAAAUAUGGAGUGAAUUUGGAUUAUGAAUGGUUGUCAGGUUUAGUUUAAUAAAGAAGAGUAUUUUAUCUUCCAUAACAUUAAUUUGUAUGCAAGAAUAUUUGGAAGGUUGACUAAUUGAAUAAUGGAAUCUGCCAUCAAGAUUUGUGAUGUUUUCUUCGAGCAAGUAAUGCAAGUUUAUUUAUGAUAGUUGAAUUCUUUCUUAUGCACAUAACAUUUCAACUGUACUCUGGAUUCUUUUCUUGGCCUUGCUAAAAUAAUAUACCAUAUAUUUGAUCAUAGUCUUAUUAAACCUAAAACUCUUGGUUUCUAUCAUUUAUCUCCAUCGAUCAAGGUAAGACUUAAAUCUCAACUAAACUCUCAUCAAUUAAAAUAACAUCAUUACUAGAUUACAUACAGUAUGAAAGUUUAUAUGGCUAUUAUGUUGAUCCAUGAAAGAUGAGGACUCAAAAGUAGAUCUUUCAUGUAACUCUUAUAGUUUUUGUUUCCUCUUUUGAAUCACAACAUUUUUGUUUCCUAAUCAUUGCUCCCGAAACCAGCUGAGCAACAUUUUUAUAUUAGAUAAAAAAACAUCUCACGAUGGCUCAGUCAUGUAGCAGUAGUGUAUUAAAACCUAUUUAUUAUCAUGUCACACUAUAAUGUACAUUUUCUUCUUCUUCUUUUACCUUUUUUUUGUGACGUUUUGGAGCUUUUUCACAAUGCCAACUUUAUUUGUUGGCUAGGGACACAUAAUAAUCUCGUAAAAUGCUCAUCUUCAGUAUCUUCAAGACUUUUGCUUGACACUGGCCAUUGUAUUCUGCGUGUGUGGCAUCAUGGAUCUGCCCUUCAACCAUGCAAGUGUCCCAUUUGCCGUCGUUUCAUAACUUUGUUAAUACCUACUGAUGCUGCUGUACAAGAGCGCCAGGACCCAGAAGCUAGUCGAGUUCUUGAAAACAUUGAGAAAUACAACCGAAAUUUUGGUGGAAGCUCAUCCAGCCUUAUACAGAGGUUGAGGGACCUUCCAUUCUUCAUCCGAAGGCUGUUAAGAGAAAUGAUGGAUCCACAAAGGUCACUGCCCUUCGUCCUCAGAGUACGAGUGAUUCUUGCUAUGGCUCUAACUGCAAUAUAUGUGCUGAGUCCCGUGGACAUUAUCCCAGAAGGAGUAUUUGGAUUUGUUGGUUUUCUGGACGAUCUCAUCAUUUUGCUGAUUGUUUUCCUCCAUCUUGCUACUGUCUACCGUUCAGUACUUCUUUACCGUCACGGAGGUUCUUGAAUGCUCUGGUCAAUAUAUGCAUCUGAUGGAAUUCUCUAGCAAGUUUUAUCUAGAAAGUGUCAAAAGAUGUACUUCAUUUCAGCACAGUAAUUUGUCUCGGAUAUUUGUGUACAAUUCUAAUCUGGCUAGUAGCUCACUUUGCAUUUUUGCAUGUCAUGUAAAUUUUUCAUACAGUUCAUCAUGUUUUCCUGUGAUACCUCUUCUUUAAACAGCUUCUAUUCUUUUGUUUGUAGUGUGGGGUGUUUUUUUAACGAGUUGAAGUUGUUUCA